AAAUUUACAUAUACUUAUAAUAGCAUGAGCACUGAAGAGGAGCCUCAAUUGGAUGCUGCAGCCGAUACAGCUGCUCCAAAAGUUAGCAAAAAAAGACAGCACAGAAAGGAAAAACCAUGGGACACUGACGAUAUUGAUCACUGGAAGGUCGAUGAAUUCAAGCCAGAGCAUAAUCCACAUCCUUUUCUCGCCGAAAGUUCAUUUGCCACAUUGUUUCCAAAAUACCGAGAAACAUAUUUGCGUGAAGUCUGGCCCAUGAUAACAGCCUCAUUAGACAAAGUGGGUCUAGCAUGUGCUUUGGAUCUAGUAGAGGGUAGCAUUACUGUCAAGACAACCAGAAAAACUUACGAUCCAUAUAUUAUUCUCAAAGCUCGCGACAUGAUUCGAUUGCUUUCUCGCAGUGUGCAGUUCAAUCAGGCCGUCAAGAUCCUUGAAGAUGGCGUGGCUUGUGACAUUAUCAAGAUUGGUGGUUUAGUUAGGAACAAGGAAAGGUUUGUCAAGCGUCGACAGCGAUUGCUUGGACCCAAGGGAAGCACGCUCAAGGCUAUUGAACUGCUGACCAACUGUUAUGUGCUUGUACAAGGAAACACUGUUGCUGCAAUGGGGCCUUUCAAGGGAUUAAAGGAUGUUCGUCGACUGAUUUUAGACUGCAUGAAAAACAUACAUCCUAUUUACCACAUCAAGGAGUUGAUGAUCAAGCGUGAACUGGCCAAAGAUGAGAAACUUAAAGAAGAGUCUUGGGAUCGAUUCUUGCCCAAGUUUAAAAAGCGCAAUGUGCAGUCAUCCAAAAAAGUCAAGAUUGUCAAGAAGGAGCGUACGCCUUUCCCACCACCUCAGCAGCCUCGCAAGAUUGAUCUUCAAAUUGAAUCUGGUGAAUUCUUCCUGUCAAAAACUGAGCGGGAUGCAGCCGCAAGACAAAAAAAGAAGGAGAAACAAGAUGCCAAUUCACUCAAAAAACAAGAAGCACGACAGGAAGCGUUUAUUGCACCAGCAGAACCUAAACGCACCAAAAGUGAAUCUAGUCAACAGAAACCACAAUCGAUUGAGGAACUCAAGGAGAAGUUCAAGAGUAAGAGCAAGAAGCGCAAGUCGGGUGAGAUGGAGGAAGACACGUUGCAAAACUAUCUUAUGUGAGAACCCAUUCAACCCUUGAAAGAUUGGCUGCAUUUGAUGGGCAAGAGUUUGAAAAUGAAUAAACCAGCAAGUUCUUUUUAUUG